AUGGGGCUUCGCGUUCGUGGCGGCGGGGCUUCUAGUCGCCGUCGGUAUCUUCUGCGUGAGUGCAGGGCGGCGGAAGGGGAAAGAAUCAUUCCGUACCUUUUUCAAUCCUUCCCCUGGGCCUUCUUCCCCCAACCGCACUCUCUGGUAACUCUAUCGGACCUGCAGCACGACUACAUCAACCCACACGACAGUGCGGCGUCUAUCAACCGCUUCCUGCUGCCCGACAUGCUCGCACACGCUGCAGUCGCGCUGCUGCUGCUGCUCUUCCCGCCCUCCCUGCUCGGCCUCCUGCUCUUUGCUCUCAACGUGCCGCUGCUGCUCUUCCACGCGCGAUGUCUUCUAGCCGGCUCGUACACUGUCGACGUGACAGAAGUUUUCGUGCAGCUGCCCGAACUGCGCAGGCUGUGGCAGAAAAAGGUGGCUCUGUACUGCAUAUUGGUGCUGCCUGUGGUCUAUAGAUGGGUAAUUGCAGCAACGCAUCUGCUGGUGAUCACCUCACAACCAAAGGCCGUGCGCCGCACUGCAUAA